AUGUUGAGGAACUCUAUGUUAAGAGCAUCGGCUCUUUCGUCCAGACGCUUUGUUGCUUCCUAUGCCGUGAGAUCAUUAGCCACCAAGGCUGCAGCUUCUCCAGCUUUGAGUACUCUUUCUGCCCAACCAAUUGGUCAAGAUAAAACCAUUGAACAUAAUAUCAAGUCAGAGACUAAUCGGUUAUCUAAGACUCUCACCAAGUUCUGGGAAAAGGUAGAUACUUUCCACAACCCAGAAACUGGUAAAUAUGAGGUUCAACUUGAUGGGAAGCCUCUCAAGACCCCAUUAGGGUUCCCAAUGGCUCUUCCUCCACAGAAAAAGGCUAUGGCACAUCUUGUUGCUCAUGAAUGGGCCAACCUUCCAGAUCUCAAGGUUAAGACUAAUGCACUCCCACUCACCUCUGUUGUUGCUAGAGCAAUUGAUUUGGAAACCGUUUAUACUCAAAACCUCCCAAAUAGUGACGAAAUUGCCACCAAGAUUGGUAACUUGGAAGAUGUUAGACUCAAUAUCUUGAGAUAUCUUGAUACAGACACUUGUUUGAUUUUCACCUUCACUGAGGAAUAUGAGGGUAAACUCCGGGUCAAGCAAGAUGAGUUGUAUUUCCCAUUGAUUGAAGAAUAUAAUGAUUUCUUCACCGCCUAUGGACACAAACAUAACUUACUUGAAGAUGGGUAUAAAAUUGAAUUAUCCUACUUGGAUUGUGAAACCCAAGGUCUUCGUGGUAACAGACAAACCAUCACCACCCAAACUGUGGUGUUACAUUGGCUUGAACAAUUGAACAUGUACGACUUGGUUGCCCUUGAAAAGGCCAUUUUGAUGUCCAAAUCGUUCCUUUGUGGUGCCACCAUCUUACGUUCCAAUGUAUCUAAUGAAACUGAUAUGAAGGAAUUGUAUCAAGUCAAUAAGAAUGACCCAAGUGAGUAUUACUUCAAGACUAUAGAUGAAGUUGUUGAAUUGGGUAACUUGGAAACCAUUUUCCAAACUGCUGAAUGGGGUGAAGUUGAAGACACUCAUGAUGUCGACAAGGUUGAUUGGUUGAGAAACUUGACCAGUGCUGCUCUUCUUUGUCAUUAG